UGUUUGUUGAUGUGAUUAGCGAUAGGACAUUAAUCAUAAUGGCAACAGUUUCUUGGAGGUUGUUUUCCUUUCUUUGUUGUCUCCUUGUCAUGAUCAUAUCUCAAACCAGCGCCCAGCCAAAUCACUGGUGCUUCAAUGAUAAAGGCAAUUACACAGCCAAUAGCACAUAUCAGACCAACCUCAACACCCUUCUAGCCAAUCUCACUGCCAACACAGAAAUCGACUAUGGUUUCUACAAUUUCUCAUAUGGCCAAAACACUGACAAAGUAAACGCCAUUGGACUGUGCAGAGGAGAUGUUAAGCCAGAUGCAUGCCGCAGCUGCCUCAACGAUUCCAGAGGCAAUCUCACACAGAUUUGUCCGAACCAGAAAGAGGCAAUUGUGUGGUUUGACAUGUGCAUGUUGCGCUACUCGAACCGCUCAAUAUUUGGCAUCAUGGAAACUUUACCAGCUAUUUAUAUGUGGAACAUAAACAAUGCAACGGAUGUGGAUCAGUUCAAGCAAGUGCUGUUUAACUUGAUGAGGAAUCUAAAAGGCGCAGCUGCAUUAGGUGACUCUCGUGGUAAGUAUGCUACGGAUAAUGUAACUGGUCCAAAUUUUCAAAGCAUAUAUGGUCUUGUGCAGUGCACGCCUGAUUUGUCAUGGCAAGGCUGUAAUGACUGCUUGGAUGGGGCUAUCUCGCAAAUCCCAAGUUGUUGCAAUAACAGAAGAGGUGGUAGAGUUGUUGGCCCCAGUUGUAAUAUUAGAUACGAAAGCUACCGCUUUUACGAUCCCACGUCAAGAUUAGACCCAAGUAUACCGCCACCGACACUGACACCGCUGCCAUUACCGUCCUCACAAGGUAAUUUUCAUGUUGGCAACACAUCACAAACUGCCAUCGUCAUAGCAGUGCCGGUUGUUGCUGUUGUUGUUUUGGUGCUCUGUUUCAUCUGCAUCUAUUUAAGAGCGAAGAAGCCAAGGAAAUAUUUUGAAACUGAAGUUGAUGAUGAUGAAAUUAUAACCAAUGAGUCAUUGCAAUUCAACUUUGAUACCAUACGAGUUGCUACAGAUGACUUCUCAGAUGCUAAUAAACUCGGACAAGGUGGAUUUGGAGCUGUUUACAGGGGUAGGCUCUCUAAUGGACAAGUGAUUGCAGUCAAAAGGUUGUCAAGAGAUUCUGGCCAAGGAGAUACGGAAUUUAAGAAUGAAGUGCUUUUAUUGGCCAAGCUUCAGCACCGAAAUUUAGUUAGACUACUUGGUUUCUGUCUGGAAGGAAGAGAAAGGCUACUCAUCUAUGAAUUUGUUCCGAAUAAAAGCCUUGAUUACUUCAUAUUUGAUCCAACCAAGAAAGCACAAUUGGAUUGGGAAAGGCGCUACAAAAUCAUUGGAGGUAUUGCUAGAGGUCUUCUUUACCUUCAUCAGGAUUCACAACUGCGUAUUAUACAUCGAGAUCUCAAAGCGAGCAACAUUCUCUUAGAUGGAGAGAUGAAUUCUAAGAUAUCAGAUUUUGGCUUGGCAAGACUUUUUGUUGUGGAUCAAACAGGAGGAAAUACAAAUACAAUCGUUGGAACCUAUGGAUAUAUGGCACCAGAGUAUGCAAUGCAUGGACAGUUUUCAGUGAAAUCAGAUGUCUUUAGUUUUGGUGUACUGGUUCUUGAGAUUGUUAGUGGCCAGAAAAACAGCAGCAUUCAUCAUGGGGAGAGUGUAGAGGAUCUACUGAGCUUUGCAUGGAGAAACUGGAGGGAGGGGACAGCUACAAAUAUAGUAGAUCCAACAUUAAACAACAGUUCGCGAAAUGAGAUGAUGAGAUGCAUCCACAUUGGUUUACUCUGUGUUCAAGAAAAUUUAGCUAACAGACCAACCAUGGCUGCCGUUACACUCAUGCUUAAUAGCUAUUCUCAGACUCUCCAGGUACCUUCCGAGCCUGCAUUUUAUAUGGACAGUAGAACUGGAAGCCUUCCACACGUGCAAUCAUGGGAGUAUAAUUCAAGGGCAACAAUAUCAACUGAAUCUGCAAAUGAAUCAGCUCAAGAAUCGGUUAAUGAGGCUUCAAUUACUGAGCCAUACCCUCGCUAGAUUUUGGUCACUGUGACGAGAUUUAUUUAUCAUCAAUGUUUCAACCAAAAUACAAUGUCUUGGAACUCGAGUAAUUUGUUCGGGCGAAUUGUCUUCUCUAAAUAGGCCAUAAAUUCUCUUUGUUUAAACUGAGACCGAAACCUAUAAUGACCAUCAGUUGGUCUUAAGAGUGUAUGUUAUGGCUAUUAGCACUGCUUGGUGCUCUUUCUCUACACUAUGCAUUUCUUUAUUGGUGUUCAAAAUCUGGU